AGCUCUUCCAAGUACAAAGUGAAGCGGACCAUGGAUCACUACUACUGCACCUGCCCAGCCUGGCGAAACCAAUCCGCCCAUCCCGUCUCCGCCCGUACCUGCAAACACCUCCGCUCUCUCCUCGGCGACGCCUACGAAGAAGCCCGCCUCAAACUCAAGAAUCCUAACGGCCCGGCCGCCACCGCCACCAAAUCCACAUCCAAAGGCCGAAAUGGCUCCAUACCUUCCGCGAAGAAAAAGGCUCCGGAGGUGCUGCUGGCGGUGAAGUGGGACGAGGAGAGUACGGACCCGACGGGAUGGUGGGUGAGCGAGAAAUUGGAUGGGGUGAGGACUUUGUGGGCUCCGAAGGGUGGGGAGGGGAGGGAGGGUGCUAUGUUGAGUCGGUUGGGCAAUCCGUUUAUGGUGCCGAAGGACUGGAUGGAUAAACUUCCGAAGGACGUUACGCUGGAUGGCGAGUUGUUCGGUGGGAGGGGCGAGUUUCAGAGUACGGUUGGAAUAGUGAAGACGAUGGGGUCUAAGGGAUGGAAGAAUAUCACGUUCCAGAUCUUCGAUGUCCCGUCGAUGGGCAAUGAGCCGUUCGAGGAUCGGCUGCAGUGGCUCCAGGAGAACUUUAGUGAAGGUGGAAAAUACCACUCGAAAGAAUUCGUCGUUGUGGAUCAAACUUGUGCCGAGUCCAAGGAUCACGUAUUCGACAUGCUCAAAGAAGUCGAAGCGCACGGUGGAGAGGGUUUGAUGUUGAGAAAACCUGGGAGUAAGUACGAGGGCCGGAGGAGCAGCACGUUGUUGAAGAUCAAGACGUUCUUCGAUGCCGAAGCCGAGGUUACUGGUUAUGUUCCAGGCAAGGGUAAGCAUACUGGUUCGACGGGGGCGUUGAAAUGUAAGAUGGCGUCGGGAAAGACUUUUGCCGUGGGAAGCGGUCUAUCUGACAAGCAGCGAGCGAGACCACCGAAGGUUGGGACGAUCAUCGUAUAUCGAUUCCAAGAGCUGACCAAGGAUGGGGUCCCGAGGUUUCCCACAUUUGUAGGCGAAGCUGCAGACAAGACGGUGGCGAAGGACGCAGAGGUGCCUGCGUCGAGGAAGGUCUGA